UAACCAUACUUUUCUGUUGUUAUAAAACAUAAUUUUUAGUGUUAAUUUUUUGUUAAAAUUAAAAGCAAUGCCUAAGAAUCCUGAUGCAGAAAAGAACAAUCCAUGUUUAAAGGAACAAGAAUUAUCGUACAAAUGUUUGGAUAAAAAUAAUUACGACCGAGAGAAAUGUGAGAUUUUCUUUCAAAACUACAAAAAUUGCAAGGAUUUUUGGAAUCGUGUAAAAUCUGAGAGGAAAUGGAAAGGAAUAAAGCCAUACCUUCCGGAUGUUAGUGAAAGGGAAGGAAUUAAGGCUGCAUACAUGGCAACAAAGCCCCCCAAGGAUAAAUCGUGAUUAUUAUUUUUGAUUAUUAUGUAAAAUAAAAAUUAAAAUUCGUUUUGUGAUUUAAAUUCGCCACCUGCAACAGUACUUGUCGUAUUAAA